AUGAUAGGGGGUCUGGAGGCCACACCCUCGAGCGUAACGUUUGAUAAGCAGUCACUUUUGCUCACGAAGAGGGUUUGCUCAGCAGCACUGGAGUGUCGGCGGCGUGAAUGCCAUUUCCUACGGGAAGCAGCAGGAGCAAGGAUGAGGGAGGAAACUGGCAACGACGGAGAGGUCACGGCCGGCUCCUCAUCCUCUGACCACAUUGCUGUGAGGAAAGCAGCGGGCGAGUCAUGGUCAGAGCGGAGGGUGGAUGGAGAGGAGUUCCAUUUUCCAAUUUUGGCCGCCGCUGUUGCGUCAGAGAUGGAGAAGGCCUUACCAGUGCAGCUGCUUGAAAUGUUGAAGAAAUUGGGAGAGGAGGAGCUGAAGCUUUUCCACUUUUACCUGCAGUAUGAACCUGGAGGUGACUUCACCAAAAUCUAUAAGAGCCUGCUGGAGAACGCAGACAGACUGAAAACGGUCGAAGUGAUGGUGCAGGCAUAUUCAGACCACGUGAUAGAGGUGGCAAGGUCGAUUUUAAAGAAGAUGAAUGCAGAGGCUCUUCAGUGCUGUCGGCUUAAAUUCAAGUCUAACCUGGUAGAGCAGUUCCAGUGUGUGUUUGAGGGCAUCGCUAAAGCAGGAAACCCAACCCUUCUGAAUCAGAUCUACACAGAGCUCUACAUCACAGAGGGAGGGACUGCAGAGGUCAAUGAUGAACAUGAAGUCAGACAGAUUGAAACAGCAUCCAGGAAACCAGACAGACCAGAAACAACAAUCAGACAAGAAGACAUCUUUAAAGCCUCACCUGGAAGAAAUAAAUCAAUCAGAACAGUGCUGACAAAGGGAGUGGCUGGCAUUGGGAAAACAGUCUUAACACAGAAAUACACCCUGGACUGGGCUGAAGACAAAGCCAACCAGCACAUCCAGUUCAUAUUUCCAUUCACUUUCAGAGAGCUAAAUGUGCUGAAAGAGGAAAAGUUCAGCUUGGUAGAACUUGUUCAUCACUUCUUUACUGAAACCAAAGAAGCAGGAAUCUGCAGCUUUGAAGACUUCCAGGUUGUGUUCAUCUUUGAUGGUCUGGAUGAGUGUCGACUUCCUCUGGACUUCCACAAAACUACAAUCCUAACUGACCCUAGAAAGUCCACCUCAGUGGAUGUGCUGCUGAUAAACCUCAUCAGGGGGAAACUGCUUCCCUCUGCUCGCCUGUGGAUAAGCACACGACCUGCAGCAGCCAAUCAGAUACCUCCACAGUGUGUUGGCAGAGUGACAGAGAUCAGAGGGUUCAUUGAUCCACAGAAGGAGGAGUACUUCAGGAAGAGAUUCAGAGAUGAGGAGCAGGCCAGCAGGAUCAUCUCCCACAUCAAGACAUCACGAAGCCUCCACAUCAUGUGCCACAUCCCAGUCUUCUGCUGGAUCACUGCUACAGUUCUGGAGGAUGUGCUGGAAACCAGAGAGGGAGGACAACUGCCCAAGACCCUGACUGAGAUGUACAUCCACUUCCUGGUGGUUCAGGCCAAAGUGAAGAAGGUCAAGUACGAUGGAGGAGCUGAGACAGAUCCACACUGGAGUCCAGAGAGCAGGAAGAUGAUUGAGUCUCUGGGGAAACUGGCUUUUGAUCAGCUGCAGAAAGGAAACCUGAUCUUCUAUGAAUCAGACCUGACAGAGUGUGGCAUCGAUAUCAGAGCAGCCUCAGUGUACUCAGGAGUGUUCACACAGAUCUUUAAAGAGGAGAGAGGACUGUACCAGGACAAGGUGUUCUGCUUCAUCCAUCUGAGUGUGCAGGAGUUUCUGGCUGCUCUUCAUGUCCAUCUGACCUUCAUCAACUCUGGACUCAAUCUGCUGGAAGAGGAACAAACAACCUCCCUGAAGUCUGAAAUGAAAGAAUAUUCAGAGAAUCUCUUCUACCAGAGUGCUGUGAACAAGGCCUUACAGAGUCCAAAUGGACACCUGGACUUGUUCCUCCGCUUCCUCCUGGGUCUUUCACUGCAGACCAGUCAAACUCUUCUACGAGGCCUGCUGACACAGACAGGAAGUAACUCACAGACCAAUAAGAAAACAGUCGAGUACAUCAAGGAGAAGCUCAGUGAGAAUCUGUCUGCAGAGAAAAGCAUCAAUAUGUUUCACUGUCUGAAUGAACUGAAUGAUUGUUCUCUAGUGGCGGAGAUCCAACAGCGCAUGAGUACAGGACUUCUCUCCGCAAAUUAUCUGUCUCCUGCUCAGUGGUCAGCACUGGUCUUCAUCUUACUGUCAACAGAAAAAGAUCUGGAUGUGUUUGACCUGAAGAAAUACUCUGCUUCAGAGGAGGCUUUUCUGAGGCUGCUGCCAGUGGUCAAAGCCUCCAACAAAGCUCUGCUGAGUGUCUGUAAACUGUCAGAAGAAAGUUGUCAAGCUCUGUCCUCAGUUCUCAGCUCCCAGUCUUCUAGUUUGAGAGAGCUGGACCUGAGUACCAACAGCCUAAAUCAUUCAGGCGUGAAGCUUCUGUCUGCAGCAAUAGAGAGUCCACAUUGUAAACUGAAUACUCUGAGUCUGUCAGGCUGUCUGAUCACAGAGGAAGGCUGUACUUCUCUGGCCUCGGCUCUGAGCUCCAACCCCUCCCAUCUGAGAGAGCUGGACCUGAGCUACAAUCAUCCAGGAAACUCAGGAAUGAAGCUGCUGUCGGCUGGACUGAAGGAUCCAUGCUGGAGACUGGACACUCUGAGACUGAAUGGAUGUAACGUCUCAGAGAGAAGCUGUGAAGAUCUGUCCUCAGUUCUCAGUUCCCAGUUCUCUAGUCUGAGAGAGCUUGACCUGAGUAACUGUGACCUGCAGGAUUCGGGAGUAAAGCUUCUGUCUGCUAGACUAAAGAAUUCACAGUGUGCAGUGGAAACUCUCAGUCUGUCAGGCUGUCUGAUUACAGAGGAAGGCUGUACUUCUCUUGCUUCAGCUCUGAGCUCCAACCCCUCCCAUCUGAGAGAGCUGGACCUGAGCUACAAUCAUCCAGGAAACUCAGGAAUGAAGCUGCUGUCGGCUGGACUGAAGGAUCCAGGCUGGAGACUGGACACUCUCAGGUAUGGAGAGGAUGUCUGA